GGGAGAGCGGCCUCAUAAGAGCAGCACGCGCCGGACCAGCAGCACAGAACCAGAGCCAGAACCCGGACCGGCAGACGACACCCGACCCAGAUCCAGUAUGCAGCACGCUCGUGGCGCCGUCUUCGUGGUUCUCGCCGCGCUGGCUCUCAGCAGCGUGGGAGUAUCCUCUCAGUCUGACAGAGACCAGGACCAGUUCCAGAACCAGGACCUGGACCUGGAGCUGCGUCACCACCGGCUGCUGCAGCGAGCUCGCAGCGCCGGGCUGCUGUCACAGGACUGGAGCAAACGGGCCAUCGAGAACAUGCUGGCCCGCAUGCCGGACCCCGAGGCUGAAUCUGAGCGGGAGGCCGAGGUGAUCUCCAUGACAUCAGGGGGGCGGGCCAACCUGGAGCGCUCGGUGGACACCAACGUGCCCCCCCGCAACCGCAAAGAUGGCUGCAAAAACUUCUACUGGAAAGGCCUCACUUCCUGCUGAUGCCCCGCCCAGCUGAGGCCCCGCCUCCCUGAGACCAGCAGACCCGUCCUGAUGUCCCGACCGAAGACAGAGACGACCAAUCAGCAGAUGACUCGAAUAAUUCAUGUAAUUAUCCAAUAAAGAGAGAAAUCAAUCAGA